AGCUGCAGGGCCGCUCGCUGCGGAGCUCGCUGCGGUUCAACGGCCCCGGGGGGGGGAGGGGCGGCAGCGGCCCCGCCCCCCAGGAGGGACCCACGGUGGACAGACCCUGCCCCAGAUGUUCCCACCAGGGCAUGUGGUUCCACACGCGGCAGAUGCGCUCGGCCGACGAGGGCCAGACGGUUUUCUACACCUGCCCCCGCUGCAGGUUCCAGGAGAAGGAAGAUUCCUGAAAUUCCAAAUUUUGGGCAUUUUUGGAGAAGAUUUUUGGGAUUUUUUUUUCAAUUUUUUGGGAUUUUGGCGGAAUUUUUUCCCCAAUUUUUUGGGAUU